CCGACCCGGCGGCGGCCUCAUCCUCGCGUAAGCUGCCGUCGAGACGCGCUCGCUUUACGUCCGACGCGCUGCUGUACGAACUCGUUGUGUGCACCUGGACGACGGCACCGUGGAGGCGCGUGGAGGUGGGCAAUCCGGCCCGGGUGGCGCUUUAGGCCAGCUCGGUGAGUCGCGAGUCGCCGUCAAUAUUCGCGGAUUUUUCGCCAACAAGCUCGGCAGCGCCCUUCAAGAUACAGGAUGGCGAGAAUCUAUAUUAUCUUUGCCCAAGAAAUUACUUGCCGGUGCGAGCCGGGUGCACACAGACUUCGGGGCAGCUGACAAAGAGGAACAAUUACCCAAACUGCCGCUUCCGACGCUGGAGGUCACCAUGAAGAAGUACGAGAGAACGCUGAAGCCUAUUUUGACGGAGCCGGAACACGAGCGGGUUAGUAAAAUAAUUGCGGAAUUCGGUAAACCUGGCGGGCAUGGAUCGAAGCUACAGCUGUAUUUAGAAAGCAGACGAGAAGAACUGGAUAAUUGGGCACACGAGUACUGGUUGAACGACCUAUAUCUUGACUUUCGCGAACCCAUUCCAAUAAACUCCAACCCGGGCAUGGUAUUUCCGCCGAGAAAGUUCACCACCAUCUUGGACAUAGCUAGGUUCGUUGCUAGGCUAGUUGACGCCGCUUUGGAUUACAAAGAUGUACUGAAUCGGAGAGCAUUGCCAGUGGAAAGGGCGACGUCUAGAGAACCCGGACAACCGUUGUGUAUGGAUCAAUUUUAUCGAGUACUCGGAGCGUCCAGACUGCCCGGAAAAAAGAGGGACUCGCAGUACGUGAGUCCGGUGCCUAAAGCCGAUGAGCAAGUUUCCGAACACAUCAUUGUUAUAUGCAGGAGCCAAUUAUAUUGUGUAGCAGUGCAAGCAGGUGAUAGAGGACGACUUAACGAAGAUGAAAUCUGCUCACAACUACUUUAUAUACUCGACGACGCUCCGUGCUUAUCAAACUCUCCUCCAAUAGGUUUACUAACAGGCUGGAAGAGAACAUUGUGGGCUGAAGCAAGAGAAGAUUUAAUGAAGGAAGAAAUGAACAGGAGAAACUUGGACCUAAUUACAAAAUCGCUGCUAGUCGUAUGUUUGGAUGAAAGCUUACCAAACACCUUCAAUUGUCGAUUUCAAAGAGGCGGAAAAGGGCAUUUCACCUCCAACAGAGAUGAGACCAACAUAGCGCAUCAAAUGCUGCACGGAGGCGGCAGCACGAACAACUCUGCCAACCGCUGGUUCGACAAAACCGUUCAAUUGGUGAUUUCUGGAGAUGGAGCUUGUGGACUUUGCUACGAGCAUUCCAACGCAGAUGGCAUCGCAGUGGUGCAAAUAAUGGAAAAAAUGUGGAAACACGCCGACUCCUUUACGACCUCCUCGGAACUCCCAACAGCAAACACCAGUCACCUACCGCCUCCGGAACGAUUGGAGUGGAUGCUCGAAGCUACCGACCACAAGAGAAUCGAAGAAGCGGGGAUUUAUUUGGAUAAUUUGAUCAAAGAUUUGGACUUCCAGGUGUACAGGUACUCCGGCUACGGCAAGGAAUUUAUGAAAUCCUGCAAAGUUAGUCCGGACGUCUAUAUUCAAUUAGCUUUGCAAUUGGCUUACUACAGGUUAUACGGUAAAUUAACAGCGACUUACGAAAGCGCUUCAAUUAGGAGGUAUCGUUCUGGACGAGUAGAUUGCAUCAGAGCGGCUAGCCCCGAGGCGCUGGAGUGGGUCAAGGCUAUGUCACAGCCUAAGGAUGAUGACGAAUCAGGAAACAAAAAAGUGACAUUCCAUUUAGUAUCCGACGAAAAGAAAAUUGAACUAUGGAAUACUGCAGUAGCUGUUCAAACGCAAGAAAUGAUAGACAACAUAUUAGGUAGAGGCAUCGAUUUGCACAUUCUAGGUCUGCGAGAAGCGUCGAAAGAAACAUCACCAGUAGCUUCGUCACCACUGCCAAAAAUCUUCACGGAUCCAUCCUACCGAGUGGCCAACAAGUUUCUUUUGUCCACCAGCCAGGUUGCCACCAGUUCGGAUAGCUUCAUGGGCUACGGGCCCGUCGAAUCUGACGGGUACGGAGCCAGCUACAACCCCAAAAGCGAUCAAAUUAUAUUUUGCUUAUCUGCAUUUUGGUCGUCGGAGAUCACUAGUACGUCUAAGUUUGCACAAUCUCUAGAAGAAAGCUUGAAUGCCAUGCAAUGCUUGCUUACCAGGCCUACGUGAAGCCUGAGUUAAAGGAAUUUGAUUUGUAAAAAGAGAAGAUUUACCUAUAUAAAUCAUAUUGAGGUAAAUGUUGAUUUCGUAUAAGUACUGAUUUUUAUUCUGGAGCUCUUCGAGUGCGACUGGUGGGAGAUGAGCCAAUAGUUUUGGCCAAUUAACCGAUGAAAAAAAAAUUAAAUAUUAAAGGUGUUAUUAUUUUUGGAUUAAAAUUGUGUAAAUUGAUUUCUAUCAUCAACGUUUAAAUCAAAGACAAUUUCAUAUUUGGGUGGUUAAUUUUAAAUUUACUAUCGCAAUGUUUGUAGUUUUUUGUUCACGUAAAUACUUAUCAUAUAUUUUAGAUCUUCUAGUUAGAAUUUAUAUUGAAUUAAAAAUUAAAUCGCCCAAUAAGAAAUUCCGAUGGCCAGAAGCAGAUCAGCUAAUUAGGAACAGUGGAUGUUUUCAACUAAAUUAUUAAAACCUUAAAAUUUUAACGAGCGUCUAUGCAUGAUUUAAUUAAUAAAUGUAAUUGUUAAUUUGUUAUAUAUUUUAUGCAUUGUUAAAUAAUGGAACUGUUAAAAUUCAUUUGUUUAUCAAAUACUAAACAAACAUAUUGUUACCUGUAUAAUGAUAACUCGAAUUUUGGAAAGAGAUUAAUAUUUAAUUUAUAGAUAUAUGUCUACAUUAUUUAUUUUAGUUAGCCUAUGAAUUAUGUAUUUAUAUCGUUAUAAAUUCUAAUUAUUUAGCGGAAAAUAUAUCUAUUAUUAAAAUAUAUAAUACAUAUCGAAUAUGAAACGAAUACAUAUCAUGAUACAUAAGUCUAAAUACAAACAUACUACUAUUUUGAUGAAAAUCAAUGUAGGUAUAUCAUAUAAAUUUAAGCACAAGCUCAAAUGUACUAUUUUUUUGAUAAAUGUUUGAUAUAUCAUAAAUUAUAAAAAAUUCGUUUAUUCUUCGUGUUGAAAUACUAUGUAAAUAAUUUCAAAUUUAUGUAUACAAAAUAAAUUAUUACAAUGUUAGUGCAAUUAGGGUUGUUCAAUUAUUUUUAUUGUGAUAUUUACUUCAGUUGAUUUACCUUAUUUGGUAGGUACAGUUAUACCUACUAUUUGUACAUAGAAUUCUAAAUUAUAUAACCUAUUGUAGCUUCUAAGGACUGUAUUUAUGUAACAGAAAUAAUUUUCUAAUUAAGGGGGUAGGUAAGUAGACAUUGUAUAUAGAUUAGAGAAUUCGUGUACUAGCAAUAUGAAAACAUAUGUAAUCGAUAAAAUUUACUAAAUUAUUUAUUUCCAAAAAGCUGUAAUAAAAUAACAACCCAAAACCCAAUGUGUAAUCAAAACUCUAACCAAGCCAGGAUUUAUCUAUACCUACUCGAAUACUUAUUAUGAUAGAUUUAUCAAGCUUUCUGUAUCUUCAAUUACAGCGUGCUGAUGAAGCUUUAAAUUUCAGUAGCGAUUUUAUAAAGUUUCAAUGAAACAAAAUAAUAUUAUUUAAUUGUUAUUUGUUUGUAGAAAUAGGAUGUUCACAUAUAGUAAAGAGCAAGUUUAUAGAUAUAUAGAAUUUAUAAUCAUUUAUAUGUCAGUAUAUCUACUCUUCGCAUCUAAUUGUAAAAUAUAUUAAAGUUUUUAAUGAAUGUACAAUCUUUUCAAAAUCAGUUUAAAGUGCUGUUAAAGUUUAACUUUCGGAAGACUAUGGAUGCGUAAAAAAUUAAUGUGUGUAAUGUUAUAUAGUUUAAAUUUAAAUGUACCUAACUAAAAAAUAACUGUUAACAAGAUACCUAAUUGUAAUCAAAUAAAAUAUUAAAACCUUAUACAAUAUAAGGUAAUUACGAGGGAUGUAUAACGAUGACUGUAAAGGUUGAUUAACUUGCAAUGGUUAGUCCUAAUGGGUCAGCGUGUAUAACAAAGCGUACAGGGUAAAAAACAGAACUAAAACUUCAUUAUCCUCAAGCUGUUAAAAAUUUAAUAAAACAAUACAUACAUACUUGUAAAUAUUAUAUUGGGCGGUGCAUAUUUUUGUAGCUCUCAAUUUUCUGCUUUGAAUUUUGAAACUAAUUUUUUUCUAAAAUAAAUAAAUAUGUUUGAGAAAAUGUGAUGCCCGCACAGUACAUCUGGUCCACAUUCUAAAUAGUAGUCAAUAAGCAAGACUUACAAGCUUAUAAAUAAAUUAAUUUUCUGUUAUCUUCAAUUAUCAAAUCUUUUAUAAACGUAUAGGAUAGACCGAUGAUAAUAAUAAUAAAAUUACCUUUAUUUGCAUCGCCUCUCAUUAGUUGCAGCAUUUUCAAUUAUAUGCUUUUCUAUGUACCUAUAGGGUCUACAUAAGUUACUUUAUUAUAGAGAAACAUAUAAAGAACAAUUUAUAGACCUUUUAUCCAGUAAUAUACCAAAUAAAAUAUUUUAUGUAAUAAUGUCAAUUUACAACAAACACUGAAGUAUUUAUACAUGUGUCUAAAACUAGUUAAAAAUCCCGAAUGAAACAGCUAGAAUAAUGUAUUUUGCAUUUAAAGGAUGUCCCGUAUAAAGUUUCGUUCUUUGGAAUGAGAGAUUGCUGACAUCAACAUUUGUCGAGAUUGCUUUUCUUUGUCUAUUACUAUAUUGUUCUAUUAAUUGGUGUUAGCAAUCACCCACUCAAAAGAACAGAAUCUUAUGCUGGAGACUAUUAGGCUAUAAGUGGGUUAAGUUAGUUAAGUUUUAAAUUCGUAGGUAUUAUUACAUUAGUAGGUAUUACUUAGAGCAGUUCUCCGAAGGUGCUUAGCUAUAGGUGACCUUUUGAAAUGUAGUCAGAGGCUUUGUAUGCCUAAAUAUCAGCAUUUGCUAUUUUUAGUGUUCACAGGGAGUGUUCAAUAAAAACUGAUUAAAACGUGCUUAUGAGCAUAUACAUAUCAUUACUAUCGUUGAAAAUUGUUAUUAGAUUUUUUUGUGAUAUUAAAUAAAAUUUGUCCAUUGUGCAGGGUGUAAAAAAUAGUUUUUAGACAUACUUACAAUUAGUAAGCAUUUUUGGGCAUACCUAUAUUUAUGUAAAAAAAUGUAAAUCCUAAUUCAAUACUGUCUUACACUAUUUUUCUACAUCCUGUAUACUGUUAUCAGAGGAUUCCUGUAUUACCUACAUAUAUUUCGAAUGAUCUUCAAAUGAUAAAUCAAAUUAAAUUAAUAUUUUUUAAUUAAAUCAGACUACCAAUUUUCUCUCAAAAAAUUAUUGUCCUGUUUAAUGAAUUAAUAAAAGGAGUUUUUUAAUAGAAUGAUAAAUAAUGAUAUAAAGUAGGUAGAUAUUGUGAAGAUUAAUGUAAAAUGAAAUGAAUAAAAU